UUUUAUUUUGAAUUGAGCAACUUUGCUUUUGGGUUUUCCCAAAUACCAGUUACUGCUUCUCCAACAUAAGUUGUAAUCUGAAAUGGAACAAUGCAUGUAGAAACAAUGAUUCUUCUUUUUUUAAGAUAAAAGAGACAUUUUUGUUUUACUUUGGCUAGGCGAGUCUGCUUUGUAAUAAUGAUAUACAAGAUUUCUUUUUUUUUUAAUUUAAAAUGUGUGGUCUUGUAAUUUGUAUAUUUAUUUUUUAUUGCAUCUCAAUAUUUGCUGUGUUAGUGUUGCAUGGUUUCAAUGGUUACAGUAACAUCCUUUGCAGUUAAUAAAAAUCAUGUUACAGUAUCAGUAAAGGCAAUUAAGGAUGAGCACCAGGCUCUUCAAAUGCUUUGCAAUUCAACAGAAGAAAAGUAUAAAAAUCUACAGUUUAAAUACCAAGAGUUGGUACAAAGGUGUAUGCAUCUAAAAGCAUUAGAAGCAGAUCUUCUUAACAUGCAAAAUGAAGUUUUGGCUAGUAGGAGGCAACAAAAGCUUCAACAAGAAUUGAUCGAUGCAGCAAAUGAACCUAUUUUUCUACCACCUGUAUCAUUGAGCCCUGAAAUUGGUAAGAGAUCUUCAAGCUGUUCUAACCUAGGAAUGAUCUGCUUAACUUCUGUCCCAGAUCGACCCACACAAUCAACAAUGUGAUCAAAACUCUAAUGAGAUUCAGCUUCAAGGCAAAGUUGCAUCUUUAGACUUGUCCCAAGAUAUGAAUUAUCUUUUGGCUUGCACGCGAGAUGACUCACUAAAACUGAUUGAUUUAAGAAGAAAUCAAAUUGUAUCCACAUACAGCCCAGAUGCUCAAUAUGCUUUAUGUGGGUCACAUGACAACAAUAUUUAUGUAUGGAAUACACGCACAAACCAACUCGAUAAAGUUCUUAAGGAACAUAAGAGCGCUGUUAUUGCAACAGCAUGGCAUCCGCAUGGAUCUAGUAUUUUAUCAAGCGACAAAAAUAAGCACGUUAUUUUGUGGAAUGACUUUUGAAAAUGAUUUUCAAAUACGGUUUGAAGUGCUUUGAGAAUCCAAAAGCAACGUUGUCAGUUAAACAGUUCCCGCUUUAGAUCUAAUAUGGCGCACUUUGGUUUAAUAUCAAUGUAGAUUCUUAUUGUUUUUGUGGUGUGCAUCUGAUGGUGUUAAUCGUUUUUGUUAAAACAGUUUUAUAUUUUAAAUACUAUUCCUGUUGGCUAUAUACCCUCAAGUUGUUGCUAUUGACAUCAAUGUGUAUUGUUUGAAUGGAUAUUUAGUAAAUAAGUAGAGAAUAAAUGGUAUUAAAAGUAACCGAGUUUAGCAAAAAAACUACAAAUUGAAUUACGAUCAGAAAUCGUAAUUAAACUCUUUGUGUAUGAUCAACAUGAUAAAAAAAAACUUUAAAACUUUUGAAAAGGGCUAGAUAAUUUUUGCUAUUAGUAAAUGUUUUAACUUUUUAUAUUUAGCAAAAAAAUUUUAUAUUAUGUUCGCUAAGCUCAUACAUAAAAUCAAAUUAAUUGGUUGUUGGAAACGUUUACGGUAUGCCAUCUUCAUUAUGUACGAGAGAUUUCACGUAGCUGGCAGAUUAUAAGUACGAAUCGGAUUUCUGUAUUUCUUGAACCCUCAAGAGAAUUUUAUUAAACUUAUUUUUAAUCUUUUUGACAAAUUUUAUGAAUAAUUACUGUUUAAUAUUUUGUAUAUUAGUAUACAGAACUUUUCGUUUUGAUAUUUAUAUAGAGUAUAAUUGUAUGAUAUGAAAUCUCUAAGAAUUAUAUCCAAUUUUGUAUUGAAA